CCCCGCCCCGUUGCAGGGGGUUGGUCGGAGCUCUCCUAACGCCCCGCCUUCUCCCCCUCUGAUUUGGCGCGCUGCUAGCCCGGGAGUGGAUGAGGGUGCUGAAGCCACGCCCUGUCCGGCUGUUGCGUGAACUCCCAGUCUAGGCAAGAUGGCGGCGCGGAGUAGCUUUGUGCGGUGCGGUUUGGACGUUGUGUUGAGGCCCGGAGGCUGGCGGCUCUUUUCUCACAGUCCUGCUGCCGCGGCUCCUGUCAGCGCCGAGCAACUGGCACAGAAAAUACGGACUCAGAAACUGGAGCAGAAAAAGACGCCUCUGCAGAAAGAAGCUCCUAAAAACCCAGUACUGAGGCGUGUGCAAGAACUUCAGCAGCUCACCAAGCAGUUGCAGCAGGUUCAUCCUAACGUGCUGGCCAAGGCACUUAAACGAGGAAUACUCUACCAGAAUAAAGAGAUAGUGGUGAUUAACAAACCUUAUGGUAUCCCUGUACAUGGUGGCCCCGGGGUUAAACUUUGCAUCACCGAUGUGUUGCCAAUACUGGCAAAGAUGUUGGAUGGCAUGAAAGCCGAACCUCUGCAUCUGUGCCACCGGCUUGACAAAGAGACCACAGGUGUCAUGGUGCUGGCACGGGACCAGGACACUGCCCAUCGGAUCCAGGAGCUCUUCAAACAGCGACAGGUGGAGAAGAGAUACUGGGCAAUCUGCGUUGGAUCACCAAAGCCCACAGAGGGGCUGGUGGACAUUCCUAUCGCAGAGAGAAAAGUGGAGAGCUCCCAGGUGCACGUCAAAAUGGCCCUCGCUCCAAACUACCGCAUGUCCGAAGCAGAUGGGAAGAUGAUCAGAGUGCGUCGGCAUAGAAAUGCCUACAUGGCAGUGACCCGGUACAAGGUCCUGAGCAGCUCCCGAUCUUGUUUCCUUGUUGAACUUAAUCCAAUCACAGGAGUAAAGCACCAGCUCAGAGUCCACCUGGCCUUCGGCUUAGGUUGUCCCAUCCUUGGGGAUCACAAAUACUCACACUGGGGCAAACUGGCACCACAGAAACUCCCUGAGGGUACACUGAGGAGGCUGGGCUUGGAACAGGUCAAAGCCCGCCACCUCCCUCUCCACCUCCAUGCCUGCCAACUCGUCUUUCCUAAGGGAAGUGGCAGCGGGGAGGAGAAAAUCGACUUGGUCUGCAAGCCCCCCCGCUUCUUCACUCGUUCCCUAAAGCGACUGAAGCUGGAGUUUCCAGAACAGGAGUGAAGUGAGCAAUGAUCCCCAAGACCUGAACUGAUCCUCUUGGUGAAACUCCUGCCGUUGACUUCCUAGCUAUGGCAGGGCUCCACGGACUGCAAGAACACUUUGGACCCCGGUGUGAUUUGGUUCAAGAAAUCUGCUUCUCCCAGAAGCUUGCAGCUGUCCCGAGAAUCUUUGUGCCCAGUGCUGAGAUUCUUGGUUCACCUGCCGAAAGAGUUGGAGAUGAGACUCUCCAGGUUUUCAUUCUGGAUUGUCACCAGGACUGGAUUGUACAAAGAUUCAGUCGGCUGUGUGACAUGCACCUGUUGUUGAAACAGCAGCUAGAAAUUACACGGUUGGGAGCCAGGAGGCACCUGAAGUCCAGCCCACCCCAAAUAGCUGCUCUGGAAUGAGAUAUUUCCUCUUGCCCUCUGCUGAGUAGACUGAACCUCACUGGAGCUAGGGCUCUUUGAAGAGAUGCAGUGGGGUGUUGCACGCAGCUGGGGUCGUGAGUGGCAGAGUGAGCUGUGAAUCGGGAAGUCCCCAGGUUGAACUUCGUCUCUGCCAUGAACUUACUAGUCAUGGCCAGUCUCUCUCUCUCUGUGGGCCAUACCACACCUCUCCUGCAUAUGGGGAUAAGGGUGCCAACCCACUUUUCAGGACUCUUCUUUGUAAAAUGUGUUGAACAUUCUAAGGCUGCUAUAUAAAGUAUACAUUAUUUUUUUAAAAAAUAA